GGAGGGUGGGCUGCGCGCCGUGACUGAGCGGCUUCCCCGCAGCAGGGCUGGGCUCGGCCAUGUUCAGCUGGGUGAGCCGCGACGCGCGUCGGCGCAAGGAGCCCGAGCUGUUCCGCACCGUCUCGGAAGGGCUGAAGCAGCUCUACGCCGGGAAGCUGCUGCCGCUGGAGGAGCACUACCGCUUCCACGACUUCCACUCGCCGGCGCUGGAGCCCGCCGACUGGGAGAGCAAGCCCAUGGUGCUGCUGGUGGGCCAGUACAGCACGGGCAAGACCACCUUCAUCCGCCACCUGCUGGAGCAGGACUUCCCCGGCAUGCGCAUCGGGCCCGAGCCCACCACCGACUCCUUCAUCGCCGUCAUGGGCGGGGAGAGCGAGGGCGUCGUCCCGGGCAACGCGCUGGUGGUCGACCCCCGACGCCCCUUCCGCAAGCUCAACGCCUUCGGCAACGCCUUCCUCAACAGAUUUAUGUGCGCGCAGCUGCCAAAUCCCGUCCUGGACAGCAUCAGUAUCAUUGACACGCCGGGCAUCCUAUCUGGGGAGAAACAGCGGAUAAGCAGAGGUUACGACUUUGCCGCCGUGCUGGAGUGGUUCGCGGAGCGUGUUGACCGCAUCAUCCUGCUCUUCGACGCCCACAAGCUGGACAUCUCGGAUGAGUUUUCGGAGGUGAUCAAAGGUCUCAAGAACCACGAGGACAAAAUCCGGGUGGUGUUGAACAAGGCGGACCAGAUCGAGACGCAGCAGCUGAUGCGAGUCUACGGGGCGCUGAUGUGGUCGCUGGGCAAGAUCAUCAACACCCCGGAGGUGGUGCGCGUCUACAUCGGAUCCUUCUGGUCGCACCCGCUGCUCAUCCCGGACAACCGUAAACUCUUUGAGGCGGAGGAACAAGAUCUCUUCAAGGACAUCCAGUCGCUGCCCCGCAACGCCGCCCUCCGGAAGCUGAACGACCUCAUCAAGAGGGCCCGGCUGGCCAAGGUCCACGCCUACAUCAUCAGUUCUUUGAAGAAGGAGAUGCCCAACGUCUUCGGCAAGGAGAGCAAGAAAAAGGAGCUCUUGAACAACCUGGGUGAGAUCUACCUGAAGAUCGAGCGGGAGCACCAGAUCUCACCUGGAGAUUUUCCCAGUCUCCGUAAGAUGCAGGAACAGCUCCUGACCCAGGACUUCAGCAAGUUCCAGCCGCUGAAGCAGAAGUUGCUGGACUCGGUGGACGACAUGCUGGCCAACGACAUCGCCCGGCUGAUGGUGAUGGUGCGCCAGGAGGAGUCACAGAUGCCCUCCCAGGUGGUGAAGGGCGGGGCGUUUGAGGGCACCAUGAACGGGCCCUUCGGCCACGGCUACGGCGAGGGUGCCGGCGAGGGCAUCGACGACGUGGAGUGGGUAGUCAGCAAGGACAAGCCCACUUACGACGAGAUCUUCUACACUCUCUCGCCUGUCAAUGGCAAGAUCACGGGCGCCAGCGCCAAGAAGGAGAUGGUCAAGUCCAAGCUGCCCAACACCGUCCUGGGCAAGAUCUGGAAGUUGGCCGACGUGGACAAGGAUGGGCUGCUGGAUGACGAGGAGUUCGCCCUGGCCAACCACCUCAUCAAAGUCAAGCUGGAAGGGCAUGAAUUGCCAGCCGAACUUCCUUCCCAUCUGGUGCCGCCUUCCAAGCGCAGGCAUGAGUGAUCCCCCCACUCCCCACCUCCGGACGGACGGGCCGAGCGCAGCAAUGCGCUCUGGGUGGGAGAUGCUCCGAGUGCUGCCUGCAGGGGGGACUGAGUUCGAAUCUCCCUGCUCUGCGCGAAGCCGAGUCGCCCAGCCUUUCUCAAAUGUACAAUACUGUAUGUUCUGAUAUAUAUAUAUAUAUAUAUAUUGAUAUAUCUACACUUGGUUAGAUAUGUCUGCAUAUAUAUGUGUGUGUGAGUUUGUCUCCUGGAAGAAAGUGUAAUACAAUGUUUUAAGGCUGUAAUCUUCUCUGGUGCUGCAGGAAAAAAAUGGCUCACUUUUUUAUUUUAGCCAGAAUAUAAUCCUGGGAUUCCUCGCGGGAUCUGGGAAAUGGGGAUAGCUGACCCCAGAUUGUUACCAUCCUUUGAACAGGGCAUGUUUUUUCACAAAGCCGGAUGGCUGUCCCAGGAGGAGCACACAGGAUUCUUUUUUUCUAGAGAGAAUCGGUAGUCUUUCUCCCCUUUUAUGUUUAUCCUUAUUCCUGGAACCCGGUGCCGAAGAAGAAAAUUGGAUCACCUCUGAGCACACUUCCUCACUGCCCACAAAAGUCCAUACUCACCGCAUCUCUGCCGGAAGUCCCUCUCCUCUCCCAGUCUUAUCCCUUCGCCCUUUUCUGGAGGAAGGAUUCACAUUCUCGUUGCCAUUGCACAUUUUUUUGGGCCCUAAAUGGUGUCUGGUGGCGAAGCAGGGUUCCUCCAGAGUAGCUGUAACAUCCUUGGGCACAAACCAGCAUCCAGGACAUAGUUUUGGUAGAAGUCAAAAAGGUUCAGCAAACAGCAGAGCAAUUUUUCCCAACUUUGAUAAUGGGUGGACUUCAACCGGCUGGGGAAUUCUGGGGAGUUGGAGUCCACCCAUCUUAAUUAAUCUGGUUGAAUUUGAGAAACUUGCUCUGAGGCAAAGGCAGGAGAUGGGGGGGGGGUGGCAGGACUUGGAAUGAGCAUUGAGGCAAAGCAGAAUGGACCCCUUCCCACCUCCCAGUUCCUUGCACCGGCUCAUCCUGUUAUCUGUGGGCCCCCAGACCCGAUUAAUUAGCCCUGGAAUGGAUUUUGCAAGAGAGAACGGAGUCUCAAAAGGGGACACAAUGCUAAAGCAUUGACAUUGCUGAGAAUUGUGGGAAUUGGGCUAUUCAUCAGCUGGGAGGGGGGGUCUUGUUUAGGGAUAGCUGGUUUAUGAGCGGCUUUCAGUCUGGAGUGUACCCCAAGAUUUGGGGGGGGCAAGAUUAGCUGUAUUGCAAAAGGGGGGUGAAGUGGAAGAGAGCCUAUCAUUUUACUUCUGACCACAAAUCCCAGUUAAUCUCUAGUCUCUGGGAGUGGGGGACAGUUAAAAUACCCCACCCGUUAUCCCCUGCAUUAAAAACUGAAUUCAAGAGUACUGCGUCUGGAUGUUUCGUCGUCCCAUCGUCCCUGAAAUCCAGCACAUCCAUUUUCAGCGCCCCCCCCCCCCCCCCCCCACACACACACAAAUACUUUCCCGUCUCGGGCUUCCUGAAAUAAUUUUUUUUAAUUUCCCUGCUGGGGCUUGCUUUAAACGUUGAGGACUAGAAACUUGGGUUGGAGUUUGAUUUUUGCAAGCCUGGUCAGAAAUUCUCCAGCUGGUGCCGAAUUGGGCGUGAUGGUGAGGUGGAUCCCAAAAAGCAGGGAAGAUUUCGAGUGCCCCCCCUUCCUUCGGUUUUCAAACUUCUGUCCUUCGACCUCCUGAAUCUUGGAAAAGCUAGAAACGAAUCCUUCACACCUCCUAGGAGCUUGUGUUUUGCACAACUGUGGUUUUGCACUCUUCAGCCCUUGCCCGUUUUUCGUUCUUGAUCGCUCUGCUUGUUUAAAUGCCUGCAUUUUCUCCAAAUUGUUCUGCAAACUAAAAGCAUUCACCUCAUUGCAGAAUUUUUUUUUUUUUUUAAAAAAGUACAUUAAAAAAACACACACAACCCAUAA